AUGGGUGCAUCAGAUGUCACGUCAGCUGCCGCAGCCAACAAUCAUCCUGGGGUGGUUCCUGGCACAGUUCACCUUAUCGACAUUGCCACAGAACAACAUGGCGGCGCAAUCGAGCUUGUCCCACGCCCAAGCGACGACCCCGAAGACCCGCUCAACUGGAGCAAACGUCGCAAAUAUUUGUCUGCCGCGAUGGUUUGCGUGUACACUCUGGGUGUUGGUCUUCCUGUUACUCUUCAGUACUCGGUUCUUGUCGACAUCACCCGCGAUACCGGCAUUUCAACAGCGGAUUUGGUUCAAGGAACUGGUGUGAUGUUUCUCUUCUUAGGAUGGAGCUGUCUAUUCUGGCAACCCAUUGCCCUCACCUACGGUCGCCGUGGCGUCUACCUUAUAUCAUCACUUGUAACCGUCCCUCUUAUGGUGUGGACGGCGUAUUCCCGCUCGUCUGGCGAAUGGUACGCUCAUCGCAUUUUGUUGGGAUUUUUCGUCGCCCCCAUCGAGGCCUUGCCAGAAGUCAGCAUUCCUGAUGUGUUCUUCGCCCAUGAACGGGGAUCUUGGAUGGCCCUUUAUGUCUUCGUCCUAUUUGGCUCAAACUUUCUUGCGCCCCUUGUCGCUGGGUUCUUCUCCCAAGCAUUUGGCUGGCGAUGGACUAUGCACUUCGGAUCAAUGGUAGCGGCCGUUACCUUCCUCAUCUUGCUCCUUUUUAUGGAGGAAACAAUGUACUUUCGGGGCGCUCUUGAAGGCCUCGAAACCGAACAGUCGCAACCAACUUCGAAGGCCGCAGAGCUCGAAGGCCAGGAGGACAGGAUCGAGAAGAAGUCUGACUACAACACGGGCCCCAGAAGCGAUGAGCCAUCAACCGGUGAUGUUACCCGGACCAAAAAAAGCCUUUGGACGAGGCUGCAACCGUUUCACAAGAUGCAAGGCCGCCCAAGCAAGACGGAUAUGUUUAAGGCGAUGCUAGCCCCCCUCCCCGUCAUUUUCCAGUUCCCAAAUGUUACCUGGGCCGGUUUCAUCUAUGGUAUCAAUCUCUGCUGGUAUAACGUCCUCAAUGCUACUACCAGCCCUAUCUUAAGUGCCCCCCCGUACAACUGGCCGACUGGUCUGGUGGGAUGCAUCUAUAUCGGCCCUAUUAUCGGCGCAGCUUUUGGGACUCUUUGGGCUGGAGUGGUCGCUGACCGCCUCACCUUAUGGCUUGCUCGACGCAACAAGGGCGUGAGAGAGCCCGAGCAGAGGCUAUGGCCUCUUGGCCUGUCCGCAGUACUAUCAUGCGCUGGGCUUAUCAUCUGGGGAGUCGGCGCUCAGCAUAGUAUUCACUGGGCAGGCUUGGCUAUUGGUCUUGGAAUCCUUACGUUUGGCUGCGUAACCGGAGGGUCUAUCGCCUUGUCAUACAACAUCGAUUGUUUCAAAGAUAUCAGCGGCAACUCGACGACCUCGGUUAUCAUCAUUCGAAACACGCUUGGAUUCGCGAUAUCCUAUGGGAUUACCCCAUGGUAUACCCACAUGGGCUUACAGAACUGCUUUAUCAUGGCCGGGUUUCUGGCCCUCGGAUGUACGAGUACAUUUCUGCUUAUGGUUUGGAAAGGCAAGGCUCUGCGACAGCAUUCAGCUGAUAGAUACUGGAGAUAUGCUGAAAAGACCUUUCACCGCGAGGCAAUCUGA